AUGGAGCUGGGCUGGGCGUGCAGCUCGCUGGUGUGGGCGCUGCUGCUGGGCAGCCUGGCGCUGCGGCUGGCGCGCUCCGAGCUGCUGCUCACGCGCGGGCUGCUGCUGCGCGGGGCGCUGGCGCUGCUGCUGCCGCCCGGGCUGGGCUGCGCCCUCCUGCCGCCGCCUCUGCUGGCCGCGCUCGCGGGCCUGGCCUGCUGGCUCGCCCUGGCCGGAGCCAUGCGCUCCAGGAGGAUCCCCGUCCGGGAGAGAGCCGUGCUUAUCACAGGGUGCGAUUCUGGCUUUGGAAAGGCGGCUGCCCAGCACCUAGACACUCUGGGACUCACGGUCUACGCCAGUGUGCUGGACUUGAAGAGCCUGGGGGCAAAGGAGCUUCGGCAGAGCUGCUCGUCAAAGUUGACACUGCUGGAAAUGGACCUGACCAAAGGGGAAGACAUACAGAGAGUCCUGCACUUCAUCAAAGCCCAGACGGUGAUGACAGGGCUCUGGGGCCUGGUGAAUAACGCGGGGUUCAAUGACAGCCUUGCCGACGCAGAGCUGACGCCGCUGCAAAGCUUCCGUACCUGUAUGGAGGUGAACUUCUUUGGCCCACUGGCCUUGACCAAAGGGCUCCUACCUUUGCUACGCUCCUCACAGGGAAGGAUUGUCACCAUAAGCAGCCCGGCAGGCAGCAUGCCAUAUCCCUGUUUGGCUGGCUACGGGACGUCCAAAGCCGCACUCAGCCUCCUCAUGGACACGUUCCAGUGUGAACUUGCCUCCUGGGGGAUCCGAGUGAGUGUGAUCUUUCCUGGGUACUUCAAGACAGGCAGCACCUGCAACACCGAUUUCUGGAAGGAAAGGAAGGAUCAGCUGCUGGCAGAGCUGCCCCCUGGGCUGCUGGAGGCCUAUGGAGAGGAGUAUGUGGAGGAGAUCAACAGGCAGUUCCUCAGCUACAUGAAGCUGGCAGUGGAGGACCUCAGCCCAGUGGUGGAGAGCAUCACAGAUGGCCUCCUCUCUCCGCAGCCUCUGGCCAAAUACUACCCAGGGCGCGGCCUGGGGCUCAUGUAUUUCAUCCACCACUACCUCCCCUGCACCGCCCGGGACCGGUUCCUCAGGGCCUUUUUUAUCCACCCGCAGCUGCCCAGGGCCCUGCAGCCAAAGCCCUGUGAAGCACCCCAGAAGCCUUGA